CAUAAAUUAGUUGUUAAUUAUAUAUUUCUCUGAAAACCAAUUUUACAUUUUGUACAUGAUGAUUCUUCAAAUUUAAACACUAAUUAGCUUAUACUGUACAUUAAUUAUUAUUCUCGUAAUACCCAGGAACACAAGAACUUCGUUAAUCGUCUGCUUGCAUAGAUAUUUAAGCAACUUGUCAUAGAAAUACUAGUGCCAUAUUUGAAGCCAAUUGUCUUUAAUUUAGAGCUGGUAAAUAACAAUGGAAUUUGUACAUCUUAUGAAGUCAUAAAUUGUGAAACAAUUAAUUUAUCUUCCUACUCUGAAGAGAAUGCAGAGCAGUCAAAAUCUUAAUAGUCACAUAGCUUAGAAAAUUGUACAAAAGACCAGUAACUACUAAGUUUAUAGGUACUUCAGACCGGCAUAAGCAAUUACACUUAGGAUAAAUUAUCAAAUGCAACAGUAAAACCUACAGAUUGUUUCAAUUACUCCAAAUGACGCAUUUAACUUCUUGUUAUACUGCAGAAAGUGAUAAUUGUCUUUCUUGUUGCACACUUACAGUAAACUGCAAUAGAUAGAACUAAAUACUGAUGGG